UGCUGUAAUACGGACAGGAGCGUGAGAAGGAAAGCCACGAGAUCUGUUUGCCACUGAAGGAAAACAACUGCUGUGAGCCAGGCGUUAUUUAGAACGUAGGCCUGUCAACCCGGCAUUUGAAACCUGGAGGCCGUAGGAUCAGUUCGAGACCCGUCUUGGCUAUUUAAGUACGCAGACAGUACUAGAGAUGCCUUGUCUCAAAAACCAAGCCCGGUGUGAAUUACUCGUCACUCCAGCACUUGGGAAAGUGGAGACAGGAAAAUAAGGAAUUCUCCGCAACUUAGCAAGUUUGAGGGCAGCCUGGGAUAUAUGAGAAACAAACAAACAAAAAAACUCCUGAAAGGGAUUCCAAACAUAACAAAACCGAGAACUCGGUUGCUCGAUAUCCGGCCCUAUUUCCUUCUCCAUCUCAUAUUUUCCCGCCCGGAGGACAAUAAGACAAGAACCUCUUCCUGCCAAGGAAACAAGCGGCUACCUACAGUAGGGACCACAUUUGGGAAAGGACCACGCGGCACUUCCGUCCGCAUCCCCGCGUCUGCACGAUGUAGUACCGCUGAGUUCCAGCCAUGGGUUCUUCUGGCCUAGCUCGGCUGCAGGGGCUCUUCGCUGUCUAUAAACCUCCGGGGCUGAAAUGGCUGCACUUGCGUGAGACCGUGGAGUUGCAACUGCUUAAAGGUCUCAAUGCCCAGCAGCCUCCUGCUCCUCAACAGCGUGUUCGCUUCUUGCUAGGCCCUGUGGAAGGCAGUGAAGAGAAGAAGUUGACUCUCAGAGCCACCAGUGUUCCCUCCCUCACCAACCACAGACUUGUACGUGGUCCAGCAUUCACAAACCUGAAGAUUGGUGUGGGACAUCGCUUGGAUGCCCAGGCUUCUGGUGUGCUUGUGCUCGCCGUGGGACAUGGACGCAGUCUCCUCACUGACAUGUAUGACGCUCAUCUCACCAAGGAUUACACAGUGCGUGGCCUCCUAGGCAAAGCUACAGACAAUUUCUGUGAAGAUGGGCGGCUGAUAGAGAAGACAACAUAUGACCAUGUGACCAGAGAGCGGCUGGACCGGAUCCUGGCUGUGAUCCAAGGCUCCCACCAAAAAGCUCUGGUGAUGUACUCCAACCUGGACCUGAAGUCCCAGGAGGCCUAUGAGAUGGCUGUGCAAGGUGUGAUCCGGCCAAUGAACAAGUCCCCUAUGCUCAUCUCUGGCAUCCGCUGCCUGCACUUUGCACCUCCCGAGUUUCUUUUGGAGGUGCAGUGUAUGCAUGAGACGCAGCAGCAGCUGAGGAAACUGGUGCAUGAGAUCGGCCUGGAGCUGAAGACCAGCGCUGUCUGCACGCAAGUGCGGCGCACUCGGGAUGGCUUCUUCAGCCUAGGUGAUGCCCUCCUGAGAACCCAGUGGGACCUACACACCAUCCAGGAUGCUAUCCAGGUGGCAGCCCCCCGGGUGGCAGAGGAACUGAAAAAGAACUUGAGCCUGAAGCUGGGCCACCAGCAGCUCCCCAGCACUGGGCAACCUUGGGGUCUCAAGGGCCCAAGCUCCACUUUGGAGUUGGAAAGCUGUGCAGGGCAGUGAAGGGCCAGGUAGCGCCCAGAUGGAGGGCAAACAGGCUCUUCACAGGUCAGAACUGGUCACUCUGUGAGAGUAGUGAGAUCAGGGGGCCCUGAGCCAUCAUCUCCUGAGACACAGACUAACUGCAGAGGCAAGCAGGUUUGGCCACAGGGGCCUAUCGUCCCAGCUAAUGGGGAGGCUCAGGUUAGAAUCUUGAUAGUUCAAGGCCAGCCUAAGGUUACUUAGUAAAACUUUGACUCAGCUGGGCAUGGUGGCACACGCCUUUAAUCCCAGCACUUGGGAGGCAGAGGCAGGCAGAUUUCUGAGUUCG